AUGGAUGUUCUUGUUUUGCUUUCAAAAGAGCACUCUUUACAGGUUGUUGAAGAGCCUCCUGCUCCGGCCGUUCAAGAUCCGUCGACUAGUGAAGUCGCUGAGGAGGAGGACGAUUGUGCAGAUGAUGGUGAAAUCGAUAUCCAGAUUCGCAAUGUUGUUUGCAAUUACACUUUGCCACUGCACAUAGAUCUGCGAAAAUUGGCUUUAAACAGCAAUAAUGUUACGUUCGACCGAGGUCGUGGUGUUUUGCUGAAACAGAAGCGUAAGCCUAACUGUUAUGUCAAAAUCUACAGCUCCGGAAAGGUUUACAUAGUUGGUUGUAAGAGUGAGGCAGACUGCAUGAUGAUCCGUGCUAGAACAUUGCACGACGGUUCAAGAACAUGA